AUGACGGCACCCAAUAACGGGGAUAAUGACCGGGAAUUGGCCAACGUCACACCACAGGCCGACAUUGAGCAGGACAAUGUGCAACAUGAGGAAAGAGACGUAGAAAAGGACGCAGCGGAUGCAAAUGGCAGCAAAAGCCCUGCAGAGAGAAAUGAAGCAGAAAUUGUUGAUUGGGAAGGGCCGGAUGACCCCGAGAAUCCCAAGAACUGGCCCAUCUGGAGAAAAUGGGUAACCACGCUACUCACCUCACUCGGCGGGCUCGUCACGCUCAUGUCGGGCGCCAUGAUGGCCCCCGCGCUCUCUGACAUCUCGCACGAGCUCAACAUCGCCCCCGAAGAAGCGCAAAUCGCCCUGUCCAUCUUCAUCCUGGCCUUCGCAUUCGGCCCGCUCUUCCUCGGUCCCUGCUCCGAGGUGUUUGGGAGAAAGCCUGUCUGGCUCGUCAGCAGCACAUGCUAUGUCAUCUGGAACGUCAUCUGCGGCUUCGCGACCAAGCGCGGCACCAUGAUGGCGGCGCGGUUCUUCUCAGGCAUCGGCGCGAGUGCGCAGUUCGCGAUCUCCUUCCCCGUCCUGAGCGACUGCUGGAAGCCCGACCAACGCGGCACCUCCUUCGCGCUGGCAACCUUCAUCCCGCUGCUGGGCCCCGCCAUCGGCCCCAUCGUCGGCGGCGUCAUAACGCAGAGCAUCGGCUGGCGCUGGCUCUUCUGGGUGCUCGCCAUCUUCAACACCUUCCUCAUCUUCCUCACCACGCUCUUCUUCCGCGAAACCCACGCCGCCACCAUCCUCAACCGCAAAGCGAAGCAGCUCCGCCGGCAAACCGGCCGGAACUACCGCACCUCGUCCACCACCGGCGGGCCAACCCUCCCCCAGCGCCUCAAGCUCGCCCUCACCCGCCCCUACCGCCUGCUCCUCACCCAACCCAUCCUCCAACUCCUCUCCCUCCUCCUCGCCGUGAACUUCGGCAUCCUCUACAUCGUGCUGUCCACCUACGCCACCAUGUGGCAGGACCGCUACGCGCUGUCCCCGCGCGCCGCGGGGCUGCACUACAUCGCCCUCGUCCUCGGCUACACCGUCGCCGCGCAAGCGGGCGGGCCCGCCACGGACCGAGUCUGGGCCUACCUGAAAACCCGGCGCGGCGGGGAGGCCGCGCCCGAGUACCGGGUCCCGUUGAUGGUGCCGGGGGUUUUGUUGCUGCUGGCGGGGCUCGUGGUGUACGGGUGGGGCGCGCAGCGGGGGUUGCACUGGGCGGUUGUGGAUGUCGGGAUAGCGGUGUUUGGAUGUGGGAACAUCCUGGCGACGCAGGCGAUGCAGGCGUAUGUGAUGGAUGCGUUUGAGGGGUGCACGGCUAGCGCGAGUGCCGCCAGUCAGUUUCUCAGGAACGUGUUUGCGUUUGCGUUUCCGAUUUUUGCGCCGAGGAUGUAUGAGAGGCUUGGGUAUGGGUGGGGGAAUACGCUGCUUGCCGGGUUGUUUUUGGCGUUGGGAGUGCCGGGGCCGGCGGUGUUGUGGGUGUUUGGGGCGAGGAUUCGGGGGAUGGGGAAGGCGCAGCGGUAG